AUGCCCCCCAACUCCAAGCGCAUGUACAUCAACGGCCCGGGCUCGCGCCGCGCCCCCAAGGGCUUCCUCGGCUCCACCUACGAGACCCUAACCUCGUCCGAGAACGCCGCCGCCGUCCGGAGCAUCGCCAUCUUUGGGGCUGCCGUUGCCUUUCUCGCAAGCCCUUGGGGCGAGAUGCUGCUGCCUCCGUACGUUGAGCCGAAGCGCAACCCGUGGAGCAUUUAUGCUGACCUUGACUUGCUCAACAGGCAGUAG